AUGGCUGACCGGAAACCCGAACAAAACAGUGGUUUCGACAAACCCAACAAGCUUGCCAUAACCGAGUUUGAUCCACCAAAGCCACCGAAGAGAAACAAGUAUGCUUUUGCUUGUGCCAUGUUAGCUUCCAUGACUUCCGUCUUGCUUGGUUACGACAUUGGUGUGAUGAGUGGGGUGCAAAUCUACAUCAAGAGGGAUCUGGAUUGUAGCGAUACUCAAAUCGAGAUCCUCGUCGGUAUUCUGAACCUCUACUCCUUGGUCGGCUCUGCCGCCGCCGGAAAAACUUCCGACUGGAUUGGUCGUCGGUACACCAUCGUCUUUGCCGGAGCUAUCUUCUUCGUCGGAGCAAUCUUGAUGGGAUUCGCUACUAACUAUGCGUUUCUCAUGGUCGGUCGGUUUGUCGCCGGUAUCGGCGUUGGAUACGCCCUUAUGAUAGCGCCGGUUUAUACUGCCGAGGUUUCACCGGCGUCUGCACGUGGCUUUCUCACGUCCUUCCCUGAAGUCUUCAUUAAUGCUGGAAUAUUGCUCGGGUAUGUAUCGAAUUUUGCGUUCUCGAAGCUUCCACUUCACUUGGGAUGGCGAUUAAUGUUAGGAAUCGGAGCCGUCCCUUCGAUAUUCCUGGCUUUGGGUGUACUAGGCAUGCCCGAGUCGCCUCGUUGGCUCGUCACACAAGGUCGACUCGGGGAUGCCAAAAUCGUACUGGAUAAGACCUCUGAUUCCUUGGAAGAGUCCAAACUUCGACUAGCGGACAUCAAGGAAGCCGCGGGCAUACCUGAAGAUUGCAACGACGACGUCGUCCAAGUACCAAAGCGCAACCACGGUGAAGGGAUAUGGAGGGAAUUGCUCGUCCAUCCCACGCCCACCGUCCGCCACAUCUUGAUCGCGGCUGUCGGGAUCCAUUUCUUCCAACAAGCAAGUGGAAUAGACGCCGUUGUGUUAUACAGUCCGAAAAUCUUCGAGAAGGCAGGGAUCGUCAAGGACACACCAAAACUACUCGCGACCAUAGCCGUCGGAUUCGUGAAGACCAUAUUCAUCCUAGUCGCAACGUUUUUCCUCGACAAGGUCGGACGCCGGCCGCUCUUGUUAUCAAGUGUGGCCGGCAUGAUCGUAUCUCUAAUGGGACUCGGCGUCGGACUAACCGUCGUCGACCAUUACGACCACAAAAUAAGCUGGGCCAUCGCGUUCAGUAUCGCGAUGACCCUGUCGUAUGUGGCGUUCUUUUCGAUCGGGAUGGGCCCGAUCACGUGGGUGUACAGCUCGGAGAUAUUCCCGUUGAGGCUGCGGGCCCAAGGGUGUAGCAUGGGGGUGGCGAUGAACAGGGUGGUGAGUGGGGUGAUAUCGAUGUCAUUCUUGUCCCUGUCGAAAGGGAUAACGUUUGGUGGCGCCUUCUUUCUGUUUACAGGGAUUGCAAUGGUGGCCUUCGUCUUCUUCUUUACGCUGUUCCCUGAAACACAGGGUAGAAACCUUGAAGAAGUGGAGCAGUUGUUUGGGACGUUUUUUAGGUGGAGGACAACGUCUGCGGAAUUGAAAAGGAAAAAGGAGCUUCAGAUGGAAAACAGUAAUAAAGCCCAAACAUAAGUAUUAGGGUUUGGAUAUAUAUAUACAUUGCAACCCAUCACAUUUAUACAACCAAUGUAAUCCGAUCAAUUUGAGAUGUUUAUGGAAACAAUCAAAACUUCUAUGGAAUCAUAUAUUCGUCAAGUUAAAUGAAGGGUUGAGAUUGAGUUGUAUUGGUUGUACAAAUGUAAAAGGUUACAUAAUAACUUAACGAUAUCUAUAUAUGUAUGUAUGUGUGUGUGAGAUCAUUGGAGGAUAUUUCUGUCAAUUCAGUUUAGAGAAAAUUUACAAGAAGAUAUAUGGUAUGAAACCAGAAUGGUUUAUGUU